CAAGGUAACGCUCAUCUCCACUCGCUCGGUCUUUUGUCCGAGAUAGUGUAAACUUUAUUUUAAAUAAUUACCUUGUUACUGUUCUUUUAAAUUUUUGGGGGGUACGCUGGUUGUCUGUCUGUGUGUGCGCAAAAUACGGAAAAAUGGUUGCUAGAUAUUCUAUGGAUAAGCGAAUCACAAGAGAGAGAAGUAGAAAAUUAUUUUUUACAGAAGGAAGAAAUAUUCAAAGAGAUGAUCUGAAAUAUCUACCGCUGCAGAGAGACAAUAGGCUAAGCAAACGUUUUCUGUAGGUCGGGGAUAGAUGUCGCCAGAUAGCAGUCAACUGUGAUAAUACAAAGAAAGUUGGCUACGGAUAAUGUAACUUACAGUGUGUAGAGAAUCUAUCAUAGCGAAUCGAUUAAAAAUAGUUCCAAUCUCCUUAGGAUCCGUAAAGAGUGUCCAGAAAACCUGUUAGCUUUAUGUACAUUAGAUGGUUUUUCCGUGGAAGCAGAGAAGUGCACAGCGUUUCUCAGCUAUAGUGGCUACGAACGCCGACCGAAGGGCAUUGCUUUGCAUUGAAUGAGCAUUGCUUGGAGUUCAGAAAUAUUUUUAGACUUCUGGGAGUUUUUGCCUUGCAUAUUUAUAUUAGAUUACGAACCUUACACAUGAAAACAGAAAAACAUCGAGAAGAUGGCUUAGUUAGGCUCCCGAGCGCCGACCGAAGGGAGGCGUGAGCAUUGUCUUCGAUUUAAAAGUCACGAAAGGGCGUUCAGUAGCGCAGAUCCAGGUUAUUAAAGUCAAGGGACCGAGCGAGUGGAGAUGAGCGUUACCUUGUAAAAUUAAUAAAUAUAAUUAAAUUUAAGUCGAGUUUUAUAUACAGAAAACUUAUGAAUGGUUUACGUUUUUUUUCCUUUUCUGUGCAUUAUUUCCUUUGGGUUUUUUCCAAGCAUAAGUCAAUAGAGCUGCGACAAAUAGCGAUUUUCUUUUCGAUUCAGCAUCGGGAACUAAGUCAAUUGAUGCAUAAUCAGUAUAAAAUUAUUCAAGCUUUCAUAAAGAUAUUUUUAAUGUAAUGUGGACACUUUUUCCAGAAGAAUGUGGUAGUGACAUUUUCUCGGAUUCUUUGGAAUAUGUGGGAAACGAUUAAAUAUUUCGAGCUGAUUUAUCAGGAGAGAUAUAACCUUUGAAUGUUCACAAGUAGCACAAGUUUCAGGUUAAACAAAUGCAUUUUAAGAAGGAUCUGGGCAAAACUAAAAUGAAAGUGUUGUAUAACACGCUUCUUUCGAAAAAAUUAUUUUGCCAUUUUCUAAUCAGUAUCCUCCACUAUAGAAGAAGAAACGGAUAUAUAUAUUCGCAAAGAUGCAUUUCUUCGAAUGAAAUAAUCACUUCGCAAUUCAACAAUGCAAGGUAAUUCGUAAUAAUCUUUUUUAGAUUUUGUUACGUUUCCCUAAAAUUCUUAGAAAAAACAAGAGGGAAAACUCACUUAAAAAAGGACAAAAAUGAGGAAAGCUAGGAUGAACCGGACCCCAGCAGGGAACAAAUUUGUUUUCCAUUUUUCUCAAGUUCCAGUUUGAGCCAAAAUUUAAAAUAUUAAGGUGCAUCUAAUGCAAAGUUACAGCAAAAUGUUUUUCUAAUCUACUAUACAUCGUUGGAUAGAGCGUUGGAUUCCGAUAUUUCUAACUCGUAAUCUGAAAAAGUUCUUUUUUUUAAUAUCAGAAAGAUGUAUUUUGCAUCUUAUUUUCCCAAAUUUCUACACUGAUUCUACCAAGAAAACUGACAAUUGCGAGCAUGAUUUGAUAUUAUAUAUAUUUACUGGAAGUUUCGUAGAAACUGAAUAUAAAAUAACCAUGUUUUUUCCACUGUAAAAGGUUGCUCUUAAGAGAUAGUCCACGAGGGACAGAAAACGUACAAUAUGCUCAAAAAUUAGAUUUUGGUAUAAGCUUUAUUCUGUCAGAAUACAAGCGGUAAAAUACUUCAUUACAAAACAGGAAAAAAUUUGAUUGCACAAAUGCAAAAGCAUUUUGUCAAACAGCUAGUUCAACUAAAAAUCUAGAAAUUCACGCAUGCACAAUCGAAUACAAAAAGAAUACGAUUCUUGCCUUGGUGUUAGUCAGUGCAAUAAUAUCGAAUAUAACAAACAAACUGAUGGCAAAAAAAAUCUAAUGAUGCUCUAACUAUACAAAUAUGAAAAUCGUGGAAAAUUGGUGAUGAUAAAAUAUUUCGAUGGUCUAAUAUCGAUACUGUCAAAAAUAUAAAUCCAUUAACAAGUAUUUUUACGCCGCCACACUUUGUAUCAUGGAUAGCAGAAACUACUAAAUGUGGUAAGCAGCGAGAUACUUUCUAGUUUGAUUUGUUUUUAAUCUUCCUAUCAUUUUUCCUCAAAUGCUAAUAAUUCGGACUCAUAUACCAUUCCAAGCUCAGUAUCUGACGAUGAUGCAGAUGAAGAAGAAAAAGAAGAUAAUAUUUCGUUGGCCAUAUUUGACUGACCUGAACCUGGUUGUAUCCGAUGCUUCAUAAAACAUAGUUAUUUAAUGCAACAUAUUACAAUUAGAAAGCAUCAUAUAAAAUUAGAAAAAAUGACUUAGGCUGAUAAAAGUAAAGUUAUAUAUAAACACAAGUCUGAAUCGGUUCAUUCAUGUCCAUUACCAAAAUUACUCUAUCAAGUAGUUCAAAGGACAAUAACCACGACCAAGCGGCCAUCAUUAGAAGAAAAUUGGGCAGCAGCAAAAACGAGAACCAGUAUUUCAUUUAAUUUAAAGCAAAAAGAUUUUUUAACAAAAAAAUUUGAUGAUGGAAUCCGAAGUGGUAUGAAAUAUGAUCCAGCUCGUGUUCCCGAAGAAAUGCAUACGAGUACAAGUAAUGGCCAAGAUGUACUUCGAUCACGUUCAGCAACUGUAACAUAA